AAGAUAUAUAAGAUGGACCGCAGUACAGAAAAACACUGAAGCUGGAGAAGACUCUCCAACAAGCAGCAUCUCAACAGAACAUCUGAUUUCCAAACAGAGAGAGAGAUGAAGAGCGUAAACCCAGUGAAGAUGUUGUCAGCGUUUGCUCUGGCGCUGCUGGUGUCCAGUGUGACUGAGGGAAGGACCAUCAGUAAAUGUGAGCUGAAGGCCAAGCUGGAUGCCGCUCAGUUCCAGCAGAUCACCGUCAUGAAAGAGACAAUACCCGUGAACAGUCUCAUCAUUAGACUUGUCUGCAAGGCCAGCAGCUCAGCCUUCAACACCAGCUUUGUCAAAAACGCCACGGACCACAAUAAAGAGAUGAAGCCAUCACAAGCCCCACCUCAAGAUGCAUCACAAGGUCCACUUCAAGCUCCAGCUGGAGCUCCAUCACGUAGGGGUCCACCCCAGGCUCCAUCAUCUCGGCUUCCUCCUCAGGCUCCAGCUGAAGCUCCACCUAAGCACCACGAACAGGUUCCCAGUAAAAGACCCCAGGGCCCCGGCCACGAGACGCAGCAUCCACAGCCGACCACAGCCACCGAUGCUUUCAGACACCUGUACGGUGUGUUUCAGCUCAGUGAUCAGCUGGCGUGUGAUUCCAGCAUGAACCCAUCUCUCAAUGUCUGCAACAUGACCUGCUCUGCUUUGACAGAUGAUGACAUCACUGAUGACAUCGCCUGCCUGAAGACCCUGAUGAACAUCACGAAAGCUAAACCCAAAGAGAUCCCCACUGAUGUAAAGAAGAUUGUGGAGAUGAAGGAGUGCCCCUCUGUCGCUUCCCCAAACUACUUUGCUGACUGUGUUUAACACACACAGAGCAGACUCUAGCUGCAUCCUGCUGCAUGACUUACACACACACACCAGUCUGAUGCUUUCCAUGGCCUCCGUCUUUGAUUGAGUUGUAAUAAGAUCAUCAUGAUGGUGGCGGGAGAUUAAACAAGACUCCGAAUAGAGGGAGUUUCUGCAUUAAGACACUUUAGUUUAAUACUGUACGUAAUACUGUGAAUGUUUAAACUUCUGUCUAAACAUAAAUCACUGUUUAAAACUAUAUGAUUGUGCUGUUUCUGAGGGCUUUUAAAUACUGUCACUUUAUCAUAAAAACAAAAUAAAAAAA